AUGAGUAACAGAAAGGUUACGUUAAAGAUCUUCAAAAGGAGGACUUUUUUAGCCACAAGGGACAAAAAGGGGGGGAAAAGGACUGAGGAAAGUUUAGUUAGGGCAGAAGAGGACAAGAAACUGCGGGCGCUGGAGCUGGAGCAAGAAGAAAGGCUGGCGGCCGAGCUGGCGAGGCUGAGCCGCGAGAAACUGAAAGAUGAAAAGAUGAGGCAGCAAGUAAGGGAGAACAGUCUUGAACUUCGAGAGUUAGAAAAAAAGCUGAAAUCCGCUUACAUGAAUAAAGAGCGAGCCGCACAGAUCACUGAAAAAGAAGCUAUACAGUACGAGAAAAUGAAAUGUGAGGCUGAAAUAGCCCAAAAGAUGAAGGAAGAGUACGAAAGGGUAAUAAAAGAAGAAAGUUCUGCAGAACUGAAGCGAAACAAGGAGAAAAUAAUGUAUCAGCAAGAGCUGGAGAAGCAGCUUGAGGAACAAGAGAGGAAGAAGCAGGAUGCUUAUGAAGAGUUUCUGAGAGAGAAACUCAUGAUUGAUGAAAUUGUAAGAAAGAUCUACGAGGAAGACCAAAUGGAAAAACAACUGAAGUUAGAUAAAAUGAGAGCAACUCAGACAUAUAUUGAAGAAUUCAAAAAAGAACAAGCUGUCUGGAGGAGAAGGAAAAAGGAAGAGAUGGAAGAAGAAAACAGGAAAAUUAUGGAGUUUGCCAACAUUCAGCGCCAAAGAGAAGAAAAUCGGAUGGCUAAAGUUCGAGACGCUGAGGAGAAAAAACAAAGGCUUCAAAGCAUGAUUGCCCAAAAUCUGGAAAGAGAACAACAGAAGCGUGAAGAACUGGAACAGAUCCGCCAAGAGCUCUAUCUGGAAGAACAAGCAGAGACAGAAAGGAAGAAGGAGCUGGCAGAAAUUGAAAAGAGAAUAAGGCAACGCCUAGACUUAAGGCAAACGUAUGAAGAGCACUUUGCCUUAAAGAAGGCAGCGCGACAAGCUAUGCAAGAAGAGGAAGAAGCCUUCAGACAACAGAUGUUGGCCAAGUUUGCAGAGGAUGAUCGCAUUGAACAGAUGAAUGCUGACAAACGAAGGAUGAAACAGCUUGAACACCGAAGGGCUGUGGAAAAACUUCUUGAAGACCGUCGCAAACAGUGUAUCGCAGAUAAAGAGCGUGAAUUUGAAGAAAGACAGCUAGAGGAGAGAAGACAAGAAAACAUCCGUGCGAUUGUUGAAGAAGAGAGACAGAAACUCUUGAAAGAGCAUGCGUCUAAAUUAUUGGGUUAUCUUCCUCGAGGAAUACUCAAAGACGAAGAUGACGUUAACAUGCUUGGGGAGGAAUUUAGAUUGGCUUAUCAGAAGAGAUGAGGUAAUGCAUUUUCAGGAGAGAGCUGAAAUUUCCCCCAUCUCACCUCCUGGUUUGCCACUAGGUGUCAUCUCAUUUCUAAUGAAAAUUUCCACUUGCUGUUAACAGUGAGGAACUCCUUUUCAAUAUCAUUAAAAGUCUCCAUUUUAACACUGGAGUUCUAAACUGAUGAGCAGCUAGUGUUAUUUAAGCAUACGUUGUACUUGCAUUUUUCAUCAAUAAACUG